UUAACAGGGCUAAAGUUUUGUUAAUUGUUCUACUCAGUAGUGUCAAAAAUAGACAUUCAUCAGUCGAACUCUUUCCAUGUCUUUAAAAACAUUUACCUUAAGUAACUAAACCCAGUAUUUUUUUUUUCCAAAGUUCUUUUAAAAUGACAAAGUUCGAAUCGGGUGACUAAUCAGUCUAACAUCCGGAAUGUAUUGAAGCAUGCGAAUGUCAAAGGGUAACACUAAAACAGAAAAAUGUGAACUAGUGUUCGUAUCUUAUUAAAAUAUAAUUAACUUAUAAGGCAAUCAACGUAGGAGAGAAAAAAAGAUCACGUAUUUGAUAUGUGUGGUUUGGCCGGGACUCACUCAUAAAAAUCCGGAUUGAAAAACACAAUAUUUCAUAAUCUUCAGUGGGGAAAGACAACAUGGCCGCUCUAAGCCUCAGCUUGCUGUUGACAUUGAGCACAUGUAGCCUAGUACUUGCAGCGACUGACACAUCCAAGUUUAAGAUCACAAGCACGUUCGUUGAGAGACUGUUCAAGAUGAUCUCAGAAGAUCAGAUUCAGACCGAGGUUCCUUACAUUCCAUUCAGACAAUGGCAUCGCGCCAAGGGCGUAUACACUAGUGGGGUCAAGAUCAACUUUAACGGCCCUCUGGACAUGACAGAGGCGCGCCGGCUCCUGUCUGUCUUCGACAACAACAUGUUUGUCACUGCCUGGGUCACUACCUCCCUGCUCGAGGCCUUCAAGUAUGGCGACGCUCCGAAACUUUCCGACGCUCAGAUGGAGCUGUCUUUGAACGUGUUCCAAAACUACCACGACAAGAACAAGCCAUACAACACGUCCACCAUGUCCUUCUGGCCCCAGGUCUACAACCAAACGCUCAAAGUCUGGCAGUGUACUCCAGAAAACCUGGUGGGCGCAUUUCAGAUGGUAGACGAAGUACCCCUGAAUUUGCUAGAAGCGUUUCUCAAAGUUUUGGGGCUGAGUAACCUGGCCAAAGAUAUAGAUGCUAUUAUAAGUGAAAAGACAGAUUUCCUGAUGGCAUUCCACAUCCCGCCAGACUUUGACGACACAUUCGUCAACCUGGGUCUCGGGUCAUUGCUGUACCAGAUGAGGGACCAGUUCCAGACUGGCUGGCAGCUGUGGAGUUCCCAGAACACCAACAUCACUUCCGCAUUCGACGCCUUAAAGAAAUACGCCUAUAGACCUUUCUCUAGUGAUCCCAAUCAAAACACAAUCGACCCCAGGACAUAUUUGUACAUUAGGAAAUUUUUGGACCAGGCUGAGUCUGAAGGCAAAGACGUGGCACUGGUACCAACAUGGAUCCAGUCCAUUGAGGAAAUGCGGACCAUGUUCUACCAGGGGGUCAGCAUGCCCUUCCAGAUCAACAACGUUGACGUCACGGUAUCAGCCAACACCAUCUACGGCAUGACGUCAUCCAUACUCUCCGGCCUGGUCAGUCCAGAUGUUUUAAGAGAUCCGGAGCUAGAGCAAAUCUACCUGAACACGUCAUCCCUGAUCACAUUCGAGGUGAGAAACAACCUGACCGACCGACCUGAUCUGGCCUUGACCUACUACCCUUCACAGAUCGAGUUCUACUGGUUCGUGGCCCGGACACUGACGGAACUGGAAACAGCGAAACGAAAGGGGACACUUCCUGUUCCGUCGAUGGACACAGUGUAUGAGAUGUUUAAAACAGUGGCUGAGAAUGAAAUGACAAAACAGAUUUUAUCUAAAGCGAGAGCGGAGCCGACGGAGAAAGUUUAUUUCGACGAUUUUCUCGGAGAUGGGGACUAUAACCACAGGAACGAGUCUAUAAUUCACGCCGAGGACAGAAUUUUUACAACAGCAAUGGCGGCCAACGCCUUGAUGUACACGUGGAGUGUUUAUGAUGAGAAAACAAAAACAUCCCAUUGGAAAAGCGACUUACCCCCACAAGUCCUAACGACCAUCACCGGAUGUAUCAACUGGCUGGUUGAACACACCACUGAUGGAAAGUACGAACCUUGGAACGCUUUCUUCUCCGGGUCUGGCAAAGGCUAUGCUUCCAUGCCGUUCUGGUACCCCGCUAACAGACUCGAGUACCUCAACGGGACGGCCAUCGACGAUUGGACCAACUUCCCCAACUCCACUUUCUUGUACGGGGUCCAGGGCUACAUCCCCACCGACAGAUACGACGCCAUGUUGAACCAGACCCACUUUGGUCAACCGACUCCUGUGACUUUCAACGGGUUCAAUGACCCGUCUGGGUUCUUUCCUUUUUGGUCGUCAGCACCUUACACGUAUUCUACAACAUUACUAGCUGUGUCCAGGUUUAGCAAUAUUGUUGGUUAAUUUUUUUUUAAAUUUGACUUGUACUCAUUUGAUGAUGUUCACGUUUAGCGAUAAUGUUUUCUUUUCGGUUCAACUUUUAAAAUAAGUUUAUUGUGUCCAGGUAUACAAUAUUAUUGGCCAGAGUAAAAAAAAUUAUUUCGCAUGCAUUGAGUUGAAUAUGACCAAAUUUACAAUGAUGUUUGUGAAAUGUAUUUCUAAAAUAUUUGAUUUAGUCCCAACACUUGAAAAGAACAGGAUGAAUGUGUCCAAAUGUAGCAGUAUUAUUGUCUAAAUAAUUUUAUUUUAUUUUGGAUCAAGUUUGUUUACACUUUUUUCAUCUGAUCUAUUUAACUAACCAUUGAAUGAAACGUUAUAUUUUGUUUCAAAUGUAUCGUGAGAUAUCUAAGCGAUAAAAAAUAAGAAACUCCAGAUUGUAAAGGAUAUAUAUAGAUUGAUGCGUUUAUUGAAACAACACCUAUAAUCAAUACUAUUACAAUAACUGUGAUACUUCUAAAUAUUCUUUUUAUACUUAGUAGUCUUAGAGGUUUUCUAUCAAUGGUCUAUAAACUAAACCUUUAAAAAUGUUUCUAACUCCCUUGUUACUGUUAUCAGGACUACUUUUAAACAUUUUAUCUGGAAAGGAGGGGUGAGGGGGGAAACUUUCAAGUGUUGAGGGGUGGAGGGGUGCACGAUGAUUAAAGAAUAUAUUUUUAACAGAAAUUAUGUAAUUCUUCAUUUUGUCGUUGGAGGAAGGGGCGGGGAAAAGGAGACGU